AUGUACGAUUCAAAUAACGAACAAAAGCUUAUACAAAAGCUUCGAUUACUACAAAAAAAGUGUCCAGAAAAUCGUAAAUGUGCAAAUUGCAAUGAAAUAGGUCCAAACUAUAUUUGUAUGGACUUUGGGACCUUCAUUUGUACUAUAUGCUCAGGGAUUCAUAGGGAAUUUACUCAUAAAGUAAAAGGAAUAUCUGUUUCCAAAUGGUCAAUUGAAGAAAUAGAAUUUAUAGAGAAUCAUGGAAAUUUGAAUGAUUAUAAAAAAUAUCUUGUAAAUAGAGAUCCAAGACUAGGACCAUUUCCAACUUCAUCACAGGUUGAUAAAUUAAAAGAAUUCAUUAAACAUAAAUAUGUCGAUAAACUUUGGAUUGAUUGGAAUUUUCAUAGUACAAUAUUAUUAAAUAAUAAUAAUAUUUCAACUAUAAAUCAGAGGAAAAUAACUAAUAAUAGUGGAUUAAAUAAAAAUAUUCAAACAAGAAGUAAUUUAUCACCAAUAUUAAGAAGUGGAAAAUUAGAAUCAGGGAAAUCUGAAGGUGAAAAUGGAAAGGCAGAAACUUGUGAUUUAUUAGGACUAGGUGAUUAUAAAGUACAAUAUGAUAUAAAUAACCAAUAUAAUCGUAAUCCAUUUUCAAAUAAUAAAGUAAAUAUAACACCAGCAUGGUAUGAAAGUAUUAAUUGA